AUGACCAUGGACACCGUCACCCGUGUCACGCCGCGGAGGACCGACGAGCUGACGGGGCGGGCUACUUCGACGGUGCAAAAAGAUCAGGCAAGGGUUCUUGAGUUUCAGCUGCCGGCUGCACCAUUCACGGACGGGCUGGUGAGCCUCACCGCAACCUCCUUCCCGCUUGCUUGCGCACCUCCCCAGAGCUGGGGCGAGAGAGGAGCCAGAGACCACUUCAAGAGGACCCAGAACUACUACUCCCUGCAUCGUUUCACUGGGAGACCUCUUGGGAGGUCCGGCGCUCCCACUAGCCUAGGUGUUGUCCGCAGCUGGGACGGAAUUCAGAAUAUCACAGACCUCAAUCACGGCCUGUGGUACGGCGUCAACGUCACUUUCGGUACACAGGAGCUCACUUUGGUCCUCGACACAGGGAGUAGCGACACUUGGGCAUUUUCCACGGCCACACAGUGCGUAGAGACCACGGGCGGCGACGAGGAGAGUGCUGGAGGGAGAGAUGACUUCUGUGUGUUCGGCCCUCCAUCUGAGGGUGAUUUUCCCCUGGGGACCUUUGAGCAUCUGCACUUCAGCACAGAUUACUGGGGCAACCAGACCGUCAACGGAGCUCUCGGCCUGAUGGACGUGACCGUAGGCGGACUACGCGUGACGAACCAGACCGUCGGGCUCGCCACCAACGCAACACGGUGGCUCGGCCGCGGGCCCAGCUCCGGGGUGUUGGGGCUCGCGUACCCCGGGCUCACCAAAGCCUUCACCGACUCGGGUAUUCGGGCCGAUCCAAUCCUGUACCCUCCUGUCAUCUCCAAUAUGAUCGAAGAGGGGAUUAUGCAAGGGGGUUUCAGCCUCGCGCUCAACAGGCCUGGGAGCGGCGAGAACGGAGGUGUGAUUGCUUUUGGUGGAGUCCCCGACGACGUCCCGGGCGUCGACUGGAACAUGACCAUACAGACAGAUAUCAUUAUUGCGAUCGUCGAUGAUGAACCUGCUUUGCCACCAGAUUAUUCAUUCUACACAAUCAUAUCAGACGGCUGGCAAUUCAAAGAUGCCAUUCUCGAUGAUAGGAAAAUCGCAUACAACAUCGACAGCGGCACGCCUUUCAACUGCCCAAAAGACCUUCAUUCUAACACCCACGCAGACACCGCAAAUUACAUUGCAGAUGCCUACAUCCCACCAGCCAAGUACAACGCCACCUACGGUGUCUAUUUCGUCGACUGUGACGCCAUCGCCCCAGACGUCGCUGUCGACAUCAACGGCAUGCCCUUCUGGCUGAACCCUGAAGGCCUUGUGGUGGGUCGUUUGACCGCCUCUCAGGAUCAGUCAUGCUUCGCCGCCUUCACCGAUUGCGGGUGGACAGGACCAUAUGUCCUCGGUAAUAGUUUCCUUCAGAACGUUUUGGCCAUUUUUGAUGUAGAGGAUAGGGUGAUAGAGUUUGUUAGCCGCACGUACUACUGA